UUUUCCACUCAUAGUGUGCUGCUUCGUUCGAACGUCGCUUCAUUCCACCACUGUUCUGAACCACUGCCUUCGUCGUCUCCCUUGUCAUCUCUCACACUAAGUCUCGGUUCUCAGGCUUUCCUUCGAUAAUUCAAACUUUUAGGAUUCUAGUUGGGACUGGAAGGGCAUGCUUUGAGGCAUUGAGGCCCUUGGCUUAUAGUGUUUUGGCAGAGAUUGUACAUCAUGUCCGGCAAGAUCUUUCCUUAUCACAGAUUGCAGCUGAAUACUGAAGUAUUAUAAAGGGUGGAUGAGACAUUUGAAUUCGCAUGCGAGAUUAUUUGGAGAAAUAACAUUUAGAAAUGAUUGUAAUAGCGCAAAAACUCUCCCCUUCAAAACUUAAACCACUCUUUUAUAUGUCAUUCCUUUGUGAAUGCAGAAACCAUUUCCACUCAAAUGUCUUUCCAACCUUAAUAGCAUACUCAAAACCCCAUAUUCAAAACUCCACAAAAUUUUCACCUCAGCCGUGGGCUAAUCUGUUUAGGUUUUGCUCUUCACAACAUUCAAAUUUAGCUACAAAACAGAAUUUUUCCCUCUGUCGUGAUGGUAAUUAUGAUGAAGUCAAUUCCCAAUCUCUUCGUGUUUGCCUUGGCUGUGGGAUUCAUAUGCAAGAUUCAAACCCAAAACAUCCCGGUUAUUUUAUCAAACCAUCCGAGAAAGCAAGUUAUAGACUUUAUAACAAUCUGGAACCCAUUGCACAAGAGCCUGAGUUCUCCAACUCUGUUAAAAGGGGGUUUGUUAUUGAACCAGAAAAGCUUAAUGUUGAUGAUCUAGGCUUGAUUAAGAAACCAGAGAAGCCUGUGGUAUGUGCACGCUGUCAUUCGUUAAGACACUAUGGGAAAGUGAAGGAUCCUACUGUGGAAAACUUGCUACCUGAUUUUGACUUUGAUCACACUAUGGGUAGAAAGUUGGCAUCAACAAGUGGGACCCGGUCUGUGGUGCUGAUGGUUGUGGAUGUAGUGGAUUUUGAGGGGUCGUUUCCAAGGAAGGUUGCAAAGUUGGUUUCUAAGACAAUUGAGGACUAUUCUGCUGAAUGGAAGCAGGGUAAGUCAGGAAAUGUGCCUAGAGUUGUGCUUGUGGUGACAAAGAUAGACUUGUUGCCUAGCUCAUUGUCACCAACAAGGUUGGAGCAUUGGAUUAGGCAGAGAGCAAGAGAUGGUGGGAUUAAUAAGAUCACUAGUUUGCACAUGGUUAGUGCACUGAAGGAUUGGGGACUGAAGAAUCUUGUGGAUAAUGUUGUUGAUCUGGCUGGACCUAGGGGUAAUGUGUGGGCUGUUGGGUCACAAAAUGCAGGGAAGAGUACUUUGAUAAACGCUAUAGGGAAGUAUGUUGGAGGGAAGAUUACACAUCUGACCGAAGCACCUGUGCCAGGGACUACACUAGGCAUUGUUAGAGUGGAGGGUGUUCUUCCAAGUAAAGCAAAACUGUUUGAUACACCUGGCCUUCUUCAUCCAUACCAGAUUACAACGAGGUUGACGAGGGAUGAGCAAAAGCUUGUUCAUAUAGGAAAGGAAUUGAAACCAAGGACAUACAGAAUUAAGGCUGGCCAUUCUGUUCACAUAGCGGGUCUGAUGAGAUUGGAUAUAGAAGACACGUCCGUGGAUUCUGUUUAUGUCACAGUGUGGGCUUCUCCUUAUCUUCCACUGCAUAUGGGUAAAAUAGAAAAUGCACGGAAAUUGUUCCAAGAUCAUUUUGGCCACCAGUUACAGGUAUUAUUUUUACUCAUUUCAAUUGAAUGCUUACUCUGCAACUUCUUGUCCACAAUGCUGAUUGUAAGGUAUUUUCCCAAAGUAUUAUCUGGGUUGUGACCCACACCUGGUUAUCUAUGAAUUGUUACAAAGAGAGACUUUGGGGGACGUUGACCCAGCUUCAAAACUGAAGUGGUGGACGCUACCAGCCAAAAUUUGUCAGUAAAAUUAAAAAGUAAUCUUUAAUGUAUUAAUAUAUUAAUAUAUUAAAAUAAAAGC